UUGUGAUGGGGGGUCUGUGCUUUGUACCCCUGCCUCCUUGGCGUCGGGUCGGGGUUACGCUUCCUUAGGCAAGUCCGAGGUCCACUUUCAUAGCUGGAGAUGCGACGAUGAAGGCCACAGCAAGUGCGAAGUGCUAAUCUAAAGCGAUACGCGACCCGUGCGGUAAAAAGAGCGAUAUCGAAUAAGCAGUACACGGCUAACCGGGUUUGAUGCACUCCCGGUGAUGCUAGCUAAUGCAAGUUACAGAUAAGGCUACACCUAGCCAGUUAGCAUACAUUAGCUACAUCUUCAGUUGUUGCUAGCCGGCUAACCGCGAGUUCAUUUUUGUCACUUUCACAGACGUCGUCGCUCCGCUCUUCCUCAUAGCAAGGCACUUUGGCGAUGUGACAUAUAGGACGAUUGGUGAUAUUGACCAACCUGUGCAUUGACACGACCUCUUGACCUCAUCUUCAGCAUGAAUGGUGACAUGCCUCAUGUUCCCAUCACUACUCUUGCUGGAAUUGCUAGCCUAACAGACUUGUUGAACCAGCUUCCUUUGCCUUCUCCCCUACCUGCCACCACUGCUAAGAGCCUCCUCUACAAUGGAAGGAUCUCAGAAGAGGUCAGCAGCCUGCUGGUGUGUCGAGACGAGAGUCUAGUGACUCAGCUGGCGCAUAGCCUUAACCAGGUUUCCACCGAACACAUAGAGUUGAAGGACAACUUGGGCAACGAUGAACCCGAGGGCGACAUGCCAAUGCUCCUACAAACUUUGCUGUCCAGGAAUCCCAAAAUCUUCAGGGACAAAAGUAUGCAAACCCAGCACAAGGUUCUGGGUGGUGUAAUGCUGCAGCCAAUAGUGCAGCAGUAUAAGAUUACUCAGAAUCAGGUCCAUGGGAGUCCAGCCUCAAACUAUCAGCAAACCACUGUCCCUCAGAGCCCCUCUGGAUGCUUUACAUCACCGCAGUCUGGUUCAGGGCCACGCUUUGUACCCCAGCAGAACAGCCCUAUACCUAGUCCCUACACACCCCAGAGUCCCGCGGACUACAUGCAGUACAAUCCACCCAGUUAUUCCCAACACCAACACGCUCAGCAAGUUACGAGUGGCUUGAGAAAUAUCCAUGACAGCAAAGUCUCUGGACAUCUAUCAACUGAUUUAUCGAAUCACAAUGCAAGACUGGGCUCAGAUGAAGACUACAUGAACGUGGCUCACAGACUGGGAAAUGAGGAGCAUGAUUCUCCAAUGAAGGCUGCCGCAUUUUCAGUGAGAUCCCCACAGUCGGCAUGUUCUCCAGCUGGGAGUGAAGAGACUGUACAAAGGUCUAGGCCUUCCCUCAUAAUGCAGUCGCCUCCAGCUGAUGUGCCACGAGGUGCACCGCCUGACCAAAUCCUCACCUCGUCUGAUCGCAAGAAGAAACAUAAGGAGAGGAGUAAAGAAGAAAGUGAUCCGAUGGAAAAAAAUGCCUUGUACGAUAUAGUUAGUUCACCAAAAGACUCGACCAAGCUGACCUUAAAACUGUCCAGAGUAAAGGUUCAAGACGUGGAUCAAUCUGAGGAGCUUCCCCCUGAGGCACAUAUGGAAUUGGACCAUGAAACAGUUAUGAUCAAUAAUAAUAAUAAUAACCAGUUAUCAAAACCUGCCCAGGAAGUUCCAAACAAGUUAGGAGCUGACGAUCAAGCAAACUGUCAACAGGCUGCUGUGCGGUCAAAUACCAUUGAAACUGGUGUCACUGGCAGAGUUUCCUUUGAUGAUACAGAGAUAGACACACUUGCAGAGAUUGAGAGGAUAGAACGCGAGUCAGCCAGUGACCGAGAACGAUGGUCUAAAGAAGUUCAGGACAAAGACAAGCCGCUGAAGAAACGGAAACAAGACUCCUAUCCCCAGGAACCCGGGACAGAGUCAAAUGAUGGGGCUGCCAUUCAUGGGGGCAACAGUGUCAGCAAGAUGACACCCAAGAAGACGAAUGCUGCAAGUAAUGGUGCCAGUCGGCCUGCUUUGAUGGUCAGUAUCGAUCUACAGCAAGCUGGCAGAGUAAUAGGACAGCCUGUAGUGGUCUUGGAAUCACAGCCGCUGUGUGAGGAUCACCUACGUCGUCUGAAGUCAAACCCCGAUGGAAAGGUCAAAAGGGUUGGUGAUGACAGACCUGGGAUCAUCAAGCAGCAUGCUGACACUCUCCAGAAGUCUGGCUCAGAUGGACAACCGGAAAUGUAUAAACAGAAGCAGGAAAGCCAGCGUGAAUCAAAACACAGACAUGACGACAAAAGUGACAGCAGCAAGGGACCAUCAGAUGACAGAAGGCCAGACCCCUCACGGCAGAAACUUGACAAGCAUUCAAAGUCACGCCACAAAGAGGAAAAGAAUCACAACAGCCACCGAAUGCUUGAAAACCGACCCGACACCCCAAAAAACACGAGCAAGACAGAGCGCUCGAGACAUGGAGAAGACAAAGGCAGGGAUAGAGACAGGGAUAAGGACAGAGAAAGACACAAGGAUAGAGAUAGAGCAAGAGACAGGGACAAAGACAGACACAAAGAGAAAGAGAGAGACAGGGACAAAGACAAAAAAGACAGACACAUAGAAAAAGAGAGAGACAGGGACAAAGACAGACACAUAGAAAAAGAGAAAGAGAGAGACAAAGCCAAGGACAGGGACAGGAAACAGAAGAUGUUAAGAGAAAACUGCAGUCGAAACUUAGCUGACCCGCAUACUAAACCUGACAGCACCAGACUAAAGCACGAUGGAAGCAAAAAAUCAGCUGACCCCAAUAGUCGACAGAGGACAGGCAAUUCCAGCCUUAAAAAUCCCCAAAAUAAGGACCAAAAGACAAGCGAGGACGGCAACAUUAAGUGCCAAGCUGGAGACAAACGUCAGUCCUUUGAGGCCAAACCGAGCGAAUUCCCCUCGUACCUGCUGGGUGGCAAGUCAGGGACCCUGAAGAACUUUGUGAUUCCUAAAUUGAAACGAGAUGGAAAAGAUAAAGAUCCCCCAAAUAAACUAGUAGAAGGCUGGAGCGAACCGCGAGUAAGGCUGGAGAGAGUCUCAUUGGUAGAUAACUUAAACAAAGGAGCUAAACCCGUUGUCGUGGUUAAAAAACUCAGCGUUGAUGAGGUGAAAAAGAUCAUUAAGGAAAGCAGGAACGCGCACGGCUCCAGAUCCAGGAACUGGUCAUUUUGUGAGAGGACAAACAAGCGAAGCCACAGUAUGAUUAGCAAGAGAUCCAAAUAUGCUGAGUUGGCCUCGGAUGAUGACCAAGACAAGGAUGACGAUGAAGACUCUGACAAUGAGCAUGCAAGGAAAAAGAAAAAGAAAGACCACGAUAAGACGUGGAAGCAUGAAGAGAGAAGAGGUUCUGGAGAACACCGUCGAAGUGAAGGUUUUCAUAACGCUCGCCGAGGGUCUGGUAGCCGUCAGCGCGACUGGAGAGAUGAAGAUUCAGAUGAAGGCUCUCUCCCACCGAGCCUGAGUGAUGUUGCCAGAAAGCAGAAGAAAAAGGAUAAACUGAAAAACAGGAAGAUUUAUGAUUCCAAGUUGACACCAGAGGAGAUGAUGGACUCCUCCACAUUUAAGAGAUUUGCAUCGAAUAUUGACAGCGUUCUUGAGAAUCUCGAAGACGUGGACCUCACUGCCGCAGAUGAUGAUGAAAUACCUCAAGAGCUCUUACUUGGAAAGCAGCAGCUGAGUGAGCUGGGCAGCGAUUCUGCUAAGAUUAAAGCUAUGGGCAUCUCUAACAAGUUUUCUUCUAGUAAACUGGUGAAGUUUUUGAAUAUUUUGGAGAGGAACAUUCAGGACAGCGUCAAACUUUCUACACUAAUGAACCAUGGUAAUGACUCCAUGGAUGAGGAGCGGUUGUGGCGCAACCUCAUCAUGGAGCGAGUGACCAAGUCGGCCGAUGCUUGUUUGACUGCACUCAACAUAAUGACGUCUCCGCACAUGCCAAAGGCUGUUUAUAUAGAAGAUGUGAUUGAGAGGGUGCUGCAGUACACCAAGUUCCAUCUGCAAAACUCUUUGUACCCUCAGUAUGACCCAGUCUACAGAGUGGAUCCCCACGGAGGUGGCAUGCAUACUUCAAAGUCCAAGAGAGCCAAAUGUUCUACCCACAAACAGAAGGUGGUAGUCCUGCUCUACAACAAAGUGUGCGAUAUCAUCAGCAGCAUCUCUGAGCUCCUUGAAAUCCAGCUGCUUACUGACACCACAAUUCUGCAGGUGUCCACCCUUGGCAUUACACCAUUUUUUGUGGAGAAUGUUAGUGAACUGCAGUUAUGUGCCAUCACACUAGUGACUGCGGUGUUUUCUCAUUACAAGAAGCACAGGCAGCUCAUUCUUGAAGAGAUUUUCACCUCCCUGGCCAGACUGCCGACUAGUAAACGCAGCCUGAGGAAUUUCAGGCUGAACAGCAGUGACUCAGAUGGAGAACCUUUGUAUAUCCAGAUGGUCACAGCCCUUGUUCUUCAGCUCAUCCAGUGUGUGGUCCACCUUCCCUCUGAGAAAGAGACAGAGGAUGAGCACAAUAAGAAGGUGGAUAAAGAUGUUCUUAUUACAAACUCUUAUGAAACUGCCAUGAGGACAGCUCAGAACUUCUUAUCUGUGUUCCUCAAGAAGUGUGGCAGUAAACAGGGAGAGGAGGAUUACAGGCCGCUGUUUGAGAACUUUGUUCAUGACCUGCUGUCUACAGUUAACAAGCCUGAGUGGCCUGCUGCUGAGCUGCUCCUGAGUUUACUGGGCCGGUUGCUGGUGCACCAGUUCAGUAACAAGCAGACAGAAAUGGCACUUAGGGUGGCAUCGCUGGACUACCUUGGCACUGUCGCUUCCCGUCUGCGUAAAGAUGCUGUCACUAGCAAGAUGGACCAAAAGGCUAUUGACCGCAUCCUCAGAGAGACUGAAGGCAGCGACGAGAUACCAAAACUACAGAAGGCUUUGCUCGGCUACCUAGAUGAGAACAUUGAAACGGAUCCAUCAUUGGUGUUUGCUAGGAAGUUUUAUAUUGCCCAGUGGUUCAGGGACAUUACAAGUGAGGCAGAAAAGGCAAUGAAGUCUCAAAGUGAGGACGACGAGGACUUGAAAGGUCACCAUCAUUCCAGGGAUGUUGACUCGACCGCCGAGAUCAUGCAGAAGGCAGAGGCAAGGAAGAAAUUCCUCCGCAAGGCCGUCAAGACGUCAACAUCGCAUUUCAGUUCCCUGAGGAUGAACUCUGACACAAUAAACUACAACGACUCCUGUCUGAUUGUUAGAUAUCUGGCCUCCAUGAGGCCGUUUGCACAAAGCUUUGAUAUUUAUUUAUCACAGAUCCUGAGAGUGCUGGGAGAGAGCGCUAUUGCAGUCAGAACUAAAGCUAUGAAGUGUCUCUCUGAAGUAGUGGCUGUAGAUCCAAGUAUCCUGGCACGGCUGGACAUGCAACGUGGGGUUCAUUGUCGCCUCAUGGACAACUCCACCAGUGUGCGAGAGGCUGCUGUGGAGCUCCUCGGCCGUUUUGUGCUAAGUCGACCUGAGCUCAUUGAGCAGUACUAUGACAUGCUCAUUGAAAGGAUACUGGACACAGGCAUCAGUGUGAGAAAAAGAGUCAUUAAGAUCAUGAGGGAUAUUUGUCUAGAGCAGCCAGACUUCCACAAGAUCACCGAGAUGUGCGUGAAGAUGAUCCGGAGGGUCAACGAUGAAGAAGGGAUCAAGAAACUGGUGAAUGAGACAUUCCAGAAACUCUGGUUCUCCCCGACGCCGAGCCACGACAAAGAAGCCAUGACCAGAAAGAUCCUGAACAUCACAGACGUGGUGUUGGCAUGUAAAGACUCAGGCUACGACUGGUUUGAGCAGCUUCUCCAAAAUCUGCUGAAAUCAGAGGAGGAUGCUUCGUACAAACCUGCAGGGAAGGCUUGUGUUCAGCUAGUGGACAAUCUAGUGGAACAUAUACUAAAAUAUGAGGAGUCUCUUGCGGAUUGUGAGGACAAAGGGGUCAGCUCAGGUCGUCUGGUAGCGUGCAUCACCACUCUCUACCUGUUUAGUAAAAUCAGGGCAGAGUUAAUGGUUAAGCAUGCCAUGACUAUGCAGCCCUACCUGACCACCAAGUGCAAUAGUCAGAACGACUUCAUGGUGAUAUGCAACGUGGCUAAGAUCCUGGAGCUGGUCGUGCCUCUGAUGGAACACCCGAGUGCGACUUUCCUCACUACCAUCGAAGAAGACCUAAUGAAGCUUAUCAUCAAAUACGGCAUGACGGUUGUGCAACACUGUGUGAGCUGUCUUGGUGCUAUCGUGAACAAGGUCACACACAACUACAAGUUUGUUUGGGCUUGUUUUAAUCGGUACUAUGGAGCGUUAGCAAAACUCAAGACACAGCACCAAGAGGAUCCCACCAGCUCCACCCUGGCUGCUAACAAACCCACUCUUCUGCGCUCGCUCUUCACUGUGGGGGCUCUGUGUCGACACUUUGAUUUCGAUCAAGAAGAGUUCAAAGGUGCUAACAAGAUUGUCAUCAAGGACAAAGUGUUGGAGCUUCUGCUGUAUUUCACUACUCACGAAGAGGAGGAGGUCCAGAUCAAGGCAAUCAUAGGUUUAGGGUUUCAGUUCAUCAUGCACCCAGAGCUCAUGUUUGUGCAGGAGUUGAAGGUUCUUUAUAACAGCAUCCUGUCGGACGAGAACAGUUCAGUCAAUUUGAAGAUCCAGGUCCUCAAAAACCUGCAGACAUACCUGCAGGAGGAGGACUCUCGAAUGCAGGAGGCUGACCGUGAAUGGAAGAAUAAAGCCAAGCAAGAGGAUCUCAAGGAAAUGGGGGACAUCUCAUCGGGCAUGAGCAGCUCCAUAAUGCAGAUUUAUUUGAAGCAGGUUCUGGAGUCCUUCUUCCACUCGCAGUCCACAGUUCGGCACUUUGCCUUGAGUGUCAUCACCCUGACUCUUAGUCAGGGCCUCAUUCACCCUGUACAGUGUGUGCCCUACUUGAUCGCUAUGGGAACAGACCCGGAGCCAACAAUGAAGAACAAGGCCGAUCAGCAGCUGGUGGAGAUCGACAAAAAAUACUCAGGCUUUAUUCAUAUGAAGGCUGUCGCAGGGCUGAAGAUGUCUUAUCAGGUGCAACAGGCCAUAAAUGGAUCCAAACACGCUGUCAUUCGUGGUUUCCGUCAUGACGACUCCGACUCGGCUCUCUGCUCUCAUCUCUACACCAUGGUCCGUGGGAACCGCCAACAUAGACGGGCUUUUCUAAUUUCCCUGCUCAACCUGUUUGACGACAGCUCUAAAACAGAGGUGAACAUGCUGCUGUUCAUAGCAGAUAACUUGGCCUGCUUCCCUUAUCAGACCCAGGAGGAACCUCUUUUCAUCAUGCAUCAUAUAGACAUUACCCUGUCUGUCUCUGGUAGCAACUUGCUCCAGUCAUUUAAAGAGUGUUUACAGAAAGAGCCUAUAAGGCAUGAAAAGAAGAUGAAGAUGAAUAAGAAAAAGAAAAAGAAGAAGCAUUCUCGGAGGAGGAGCUACAGCUCUGAUGACGACGACGAUGAUGAAAAGGAUGAUGAAAGCAGCAGCCCAUCCAGCAGCAGUGACGAGGAGGAAGAUGUAGUGCAGAGGAAAAAGGGUUCAGAUUCCGACUCUGACCUGGACGAUGAGGACGCAGUGAUGGACCGUCUGCCUGAAAACACCAAACCUCUGCUGGAGUUUGCCAGUGCGUCACAGGGCAUUUUGCUGCUGCUGGUGCUCAAACAGCAUUUGAAGAAUCUGUACGGCUUCUCGGACAGCAAAAUCCAGAAGUAUUCACCGACAGAGUCUGCCAAAGUAUAUGACAAGACAGUGAACAGGAAAUCUAAGGUGCACUUCAACCCUAGUCAGACACUGGAUUACCUAAGGAGUGAUCUGGCCAACACAGAUCUCAGCUACGAGGCCAAGAAGAACAUUGCAAAACAGUAUUUGGAUUUCAAGGUUCUAAUGGAUCAUUUGGAUCGGGAUGAAGAGGACGAGGACGGUGAAGCAAAUGCCAAUGCCAGAAACAAAGCCAUUACUUCACUGCUGAGGGGUCCAAAACCCCGAAACCACAACCACAGUAAUCAUGCAGCUCCAGUGGAGACAGAUGAUGAGGAGAGCGAGGAUGAAGAUCCCCCUGCUCGAAAGCCAAGGAAAGGUGGAGACUGUGCAGAGGAUUCAGGUAACAUGAACGAGACAGUAGAGGUAAUGGACAUCGUAGCUAUCUACUGUCGCAAAUACAAAGACAGACCGCAGAUUGCCAGGGUCGUCCAGAAGACCAGAAAUGGCUACAGUAUACACUGGAUGACUGGAUCUUACUCUGGACCCUGGGCUGUCGCAAAGAAACGGGACGGCCGCAAAAAGGUGCCUUGGGUUGACAAUAUCAAGGAGUCGGACAUUAUUUGCAAGAAAAUCUCUUUGACAAGCGGACAGAAGCUCACGAACAAAGUGGCACAGACGUUACGGGCGCUGUACGCUGCCAAGGAGGGGACUAAGAGUUAAUCAAAGAGAUUAGUGAAACAUCUUGCACAGCUCAACACUAUGGAUCCAAUAUGUUACAUACACAGAAGUUAGAUUAACGUCCUGGUGGUGGAAGAGUGUUGUAAACACGUCUGUCUAAAUACACACGUGUUCAAAGGCAAGAAAAAGACAAGAAGGAAAUGUUUAGGAAAACAUUGUGUGGGAGUUCCUUCGCUGUUGUGCAGCAACUUGGUUGUUUGAUUUUUACUCCCACUGUAUUAUAGAUGAACUAAAAAAACGUGUUUAUAUCUGAACAUAAUUCUGUAAAAAAAAAAACAAAGUGAAUGUUGGAAAUUAGUGUAUUGAUGAUGUUCUUAAUAAAGUGGUUUUUGAAUUUAAACUAGCACCAGAUGGAUUUAUUCACUUGACCUGAACUUCCACAACUUCUAACUUUCUGUUUUUCUCCUGUUUUAGACAUUUUUGUUUGUUACCUUCAUUCUAUAAUGGACUAUCUUUGAUAUAAUUUAUUUAUGUUCAGACAAGUGCAGUAUCUGUGCCAUUAUUGUUUUUAAUAUAGAUUUUUGAUGUUAUAGAGCACAGAGGAACAAAAAAGAGCGAGCGCCUGCUCUUCUGAUGGAAUAAAUACUGCAAUAAAUUUUUCUUACAUCUUUGUUCCUUGUUUGCGUUUUUUUUCUCCUGCAGGCAUCAGACCGUGUAAUGUGCUUGGUUUUUAUUUUCCCACCGUGUGUUUGACACAGAUAAAUAGAAGUGAUUCUAUGAAGUUAAUUUCAAAAAGGCACAUAAGCCCAUGUGGCAGAAAGAUUAAACUCAUCUGUCAAUGAUUCAUAAUAUGUUACCACGUUCAAUCUAUUGAGCAAAAUUUGUCAUAAAAGGUACGAAUUUUUAAUCUGCUGUGGGCACUUUGUUCCU